AACAGUUGUUAAACCUAUAGUUAUUGAUUAAAAUAAUAUUCUACUAACGAUUAAUCGAUUGAUUCAAAGUGAAUUAAUCAUAAAACUAGUGAAUGUUAUAAUUGUUAUAUGAAUUUAACAUUUCUUGGACCAUCCGUGCAAAUCGAUUAACCGGCAUCCGUCCGGUCCCGAGCUGCCCGGAUAAUGGACGUUCUACUGUAUAAGUUUUUAUGUUUUUAAGCAGACGAGCACUAUUAUAGCAUUUGGCUAUGAAUCAAACUCACCGUAAUGGUUUGCUGGCGGAGUGGGGGGGUAUUCGAGAUCCCUCGACUACUUGGCUUAUUGCCACGUGAGUACAGACAGGCCUUGACCGGCAGCGGUUGUUUUGCCAAAAGAAGAACAUCUGCCUUAAUCCCGUGUCGCCAAAAUUAGAAAUUAAUAAAAUAUUCUCUUCAAAUGCGUUGGUCGUUAAAUUAAAACAAAGUGAUACAGGGUUUUAAAUCAUAUAAGGAAAUAGUUCUUUGGAAUCAUAUCAUAUAUAAGGAAAUGUUUAAAUCGGUAGAGGAAUAUAGCAAGCAUGCUGUGGAAGUUUGCAAGCAUAUAGAGGAGUGUUGCAAUCGACUAGGAAAAUUUUGAAAUCAUACUGUGGAGCUGUCAUCAGACUGUGGGUGCCGGUAAAAAGCUUCAACAUCGACUACUAUACAUACUGUUGUAUAUGCUGGAAUUACCAUCCACGGGGCCCCGCGGCCGCUCAGUCCGUGUACCGUUAAAUCUGCCACUGGCAUUAACCGACAAGAAUGCAGCGCGCGCCCGUAUGCUGCGGCAUGAAACCCUUCAGAACGUGGAGCACUACAGACGACUGAGAACACAAUAAACCCUGUUCUUCCAGGUCUGAAGCAGCUAGCCUAGUCGGGAGACACCCGCUUGUUCUGCAGGAGAUUGAAUGAGGCGCGGAGCGGGUUUGCUCCUAAAACCGCAAUGUGUCGGGAUGCGGAAGGAAAUCUCCUGACAGACGAGCGGGAGGUGAUCGAAAGUUGGAAGUGCUACUACGAAGAACAUCUGAAUGGAGCAGAGGCAGGAGAGGUUGGCGCAAGUGGCAGAACAAGGCAACCACCACAGCAGCAGCUCAGCAGUAACAACAGCGACAGCAUUGGCGAAGACAACAGCAUCAGUGCAGACGACGAAGUGCCCCCACCAUCUCUGAACAAAAUUGCCAGCGCAAUCAAGCAGUUUAAGAGCAAUAAGUCUGCUGACAGUGAUGGACUGGCGGCCGUGCUCUUCAAGAUGAUGCCAGAGAGGCUUAUCGUCGAAAUGCAUCAGCUAAUCGUGAAAGUCUGGGAGCAGCAGGAACUACCGAAGGAGUGGAAGUUGAGUGUUAUUCACCCAGUAUACAAAAAGGGCGACAAACUGGAUUAUUAUAAUUCUCGAGCCAUAACGUUCGUUAAUGCCGCCUACAAGAUCCUGUCCCAGAUCCUGUUCUGCAGACAUGUGCCCCUUGCUACAAAUUUUAUCAGCAGCUACCAAGCUGGAGUCACGCAUUUACACAACAAUAACAAGGGCGCUAUACAUUUGCUAUCAAUCAUUUGCUAUAGUCAUGCCGGGCUCAUACACAUCAGAUGCCGCAUUCAGAGCAAGACAUAUGCGCAAGAACGGGUCGUCGGAGGCGAAAGCGGUCCUUGUGUGGACAGCAUCGCCCGAGGGAGGAGGGUUCUUGCACGUAUAGCUGUAUCAAUAAGAGCAAAGCCGGACAAUCGAUGCUACCGUUGAGAAGCCCGACGAUGAAUACCAGUCUAGCAUUUCGUAUCCGGUCGUCGAGUUGGGGUAAGUUGUGCAACAAACACCUUGUUUUGUAGUCAUUGUUACUCCCCCACGAACGGAGCGCGAAACGGGUAGCCCUACGCUAGAUGGACUCCAAACGCGCAACCCCCCGAGCAGAGGAGGGCCACCACACAACGCUGGCAUACUCCAGCACUGACCGAAUAAGAGCGCAAUAAAGAGUUUUUGCGCAGAUUGGGUCAGAGAGCUCGCGAGUCAUGUUAACGACUAAACCUAACAAUUGACAAUUGUCACAACGUGAUCAAGGUGUUGCUCAAUCGUGAGUUUCGCGUCUACGAAAACAACCAAGUCUUUGACACAAUCGGCUCUCUGCAAAGUUUGCCCGUUUAGCGAGUAGUCGAAAUGCACUGGAGAGCGUGAACGGCUGAAGGUGAUGGUAACACACUUUUUAACGCAAAUGGUUAAGGAGUUUCGUGUGCACCAGUUAUCGAAGUCUUCCAGUGAAGCCUGGAGUAUCCGAUGGUGGUCUGGUCCCUGGAUUUUGCCGAAAGAUUUUCGUUUCGUCCGCGUACAGCAGGUGAUUAUCCGCAGGAAGGAUCGUGGAAACAUCAUUUAUGUAAAGGACAAAUAGUAAGGAUCCCAGAUUGCUGCCUAGAGGGACGCCGGAUGAAGCACGAAUUGAUCUAGACAGAUAGGGCCCCAUCCUAACGGAAUAAGUACGGCCCAUUAUCUCAGCCAUGCAGCUAGAGGAUCUGGAAGGCCAAGUGUGUUGAGUUUUGCUAGUAACAUGGCGCGAAAUAUCCUGUCAAAUGCGGUUUUUAAAUCAGUGUAAAUAACAUCUACUUGAAAGCGAGCAUCAAUGGAUUUAUGGCAGCUACUAACGAAUUGCAUAAGGUUUGUGGUUGUUGGUCUGUUAGGGACAAAUCCGUGCUGAUACGGGCUGAUGUAAUUAAAAGCCGCUCAAGCACUAUCGCAACGGCCGCUGGCGAUGUAACGCCGCGAUAGUUAGGAACCUCAUUCUUGCAGCCUUUCUUAUGAAUUGGUGUUAACCACGAGACCUUCCAAGAGACAGGGAAGGUGCAUGAACGUAGCGAUUCCGCGAAGAUUUUUGCAAGUAAUGCUCACUCAGUUUUUUUCUAUAUUACGUAGGUGUUGUUGUGGCAGAUUCAAUUAUAACGUCGAUAAAGUGCGUGGACGCUGUUGUAGUAAACCCGAAAAGUAGGACACCUUCGAUCACGCAUGCAAUUAGUGUUCUCACGCACACCGUGCUUGGCAGGCUAAGAUGCUGGGUUAAACGCUUUACUAAGAAGGACACUCAGGGAGUUAGGAACCGUUCCAGCUUUUAGGCUAAUAGGCUAAAUAGGCUAAAAGCGAUUACGUCCGGGGUGUCCAGCUGCGAACUAAACAUCGAGACAACUUGUUCUAUGGUGACGGACGCAGCCAGUCUUGAUAGAUGCAGUCAUAAAUAAUCGGUAUUUGGUAAUUGUGAGACAGUUGGUAUUGAAGCCGAGGUGGUAAUGGUGCCUGCGAUUAUUUAUUUAUUUUAUUUAUUUACAUAACUGCUGUCUAAAUUGAAUUUUUAACAACAUACCUAUUAACUAAACUUAUUAAAUAUUCGCUCGGAGGAUGGAUCGGAAGGAUGGUGAUGGUGAGGAGAGGUAAUGGUCAAACAAAUGGGCGCAGGAAUUAAAGAAUCUCACAGCACGUAAUAAAGCGUCAUUUAAACCAACUGAA